CCGUAAUCAGUUCCGCACAAACCACAGCAGUAGCCGAACGUGUUAUCAUCGGGAGAAAAAUUGAACCGUAAAACACACAUUUAGCUGAUCGGUUCGAGUUACAUCAAUUAACCGUAGUUAUACCUGCAACAAGUUCAUUUGACGCAACAAGGACACCGCGUGCGUGCUGUACGAACGAUGGCUAACUUAAGAUCGCUGGUACCGGAACUGGCUGAAAAGGCGCGCGAUGAGCUGAACGAAGUGCCCAACCGCAUCCCCGAGGACUUGGCGACGCUGAAAGCAUGGUUACUCAAGCAACCGCACCUAAACUCGCGCACGGACGAUCAAUUUUUGGUGAACUUCCUGCGUGGUUGCAAGUACAGCUUGGAAAAGACGAAAGAAAAGCUGGACAACUACUACACGGUGAAGACAGCGAUACCGGAGUUUUUCGACAAUCGUGAUCCCGCCAAUGAGUCGCUGCAGAACUACAUGUCGUUCGGUGUCAAUCUUCCCCUUCCCCAUACGCUCGAGAGUGACGGGCCUCGGUUCAUGCUGGUGCGCAUGGGUGCGUACGAUGCCAGCAAGUAUUCGAUCGUGGACGUCAUGAAGGUGUGCUAUAUGAUCACCGAUCUGUUGCUGGUAGAUGACGACUCCUCCAUCAUCGCCGGACAUAUGGUGCUGGUCGAUUUAAGGGGCCUCACGUUCGCCACACUAUCACAAUUCAAUCCCACGUUCAUCAAGAAAAUGACCUCCGUCAUUGAAGCCUUCCCGAUACGCACCAAAGGCAUCCACUUCAUCAACCCGUCCUCCGGGUUUGACGCUCUCUUCAAGCUGUUUCAUGGAUUUUUAAGCAAAAAGAUUCAAGAGCGCAUACAGGUGCACGAGUCAUUCGAAGCCCUUCACAAGGUGGUGCCCAAGAAGUAUUUGCCAGAGGAGUACGGUGGUAGCGGUGGGCGGUUAAAUGAUAUAAUUGAGGAUUGGCGGAAGACUUUGGUUGCCCAUCGUACGUUUUUCGCCGAAGAUGCCAAAUAUCGGAACGAUGAGCGAAAACGGCCAGGCAAACCGAAAAAUGCCAGCACACUGUUCGGUGUGGAUGGAUCGUUCCGUACGCUCGAGUUUGAUUAGAAUAAGCGGAAAGCUAAAGCAUUACUGGGAUAGCAUAGAGUAUAGCCAGCUCUAAUAAGCCAGGAGGAGGGGGUCGACUGAAUUCAUAUACACUUGGGAGAGACGAUGAAUGCAAUGGUUAGUGUGCGAUAAAUUGAAUACCACUUAAACUGUCCAAUGAA